UAAUACUUUGUAUAAAAUAGGGACGUAAUGUCACUUUGCAGCCAAACAUCGUAGGUGAACGUUAUUCUUACGACUAUUUUUGGCGACCGGUGCAGCUGGAACGGCGCGUUAUUGAAUUUUAAUUAGAAACUGGCACUAGGGAGAAAUUUCGCCAAUAUGGCCCUCGUAGCGAGAUUGUCCAUAUGGAAAGUGCGCUUUUGGCAAUGAAAUUUCGUGUUAAUUUUUUGAAUAAAAUUCUAGUUUUACAUAGAAAUAAAAAGUAUGGAUAACCUUGAAACAAUCCAGCAAUGUUUAAAUGACUUUCAAAAUACGAAAGAUAAAGAAAUUGGUCCCGAACUAAAUGAAUUGCUUUUGCACAUAGCAAAGACAGGCAAAACUGAAUUUCAAUGGCAUCUUUUGAAGCCACUCAUUGCUUUUAAGUUAGAAAAGGUUCUUGAAGAAAUGUUUGAAAAUUGCCCUUCCUUAGAUGUUGCAUCAAAUUCAGAUCCUACUUCAAAACCUAAAAAUCUUUAUCCUGAUGUUAAAAGACUAGUUGACAUCAUAAAUAAUUUUACUGGUACACCAUUUACAAUUCAACGAUUGUGUGAACUGCUAAAUGAACCAAAAAGAUAUUAUAAAACGAUGGAGAAAUUAUUUCAUGGUUUAGAGAAGAAUAUCAUGGUUGUCAGUACAAUCAAACCAGAUGGUACUCUUAUUACCAGGUCAUCAAUGUUAACAAAUGGUUCUUCAUCGCCUGUAACAAGAACAACAAGUAUAAGGCCUGCAGCUGUAAACAACCAGACGCCACUGAACUCAACAUCACAACUGGGUGUUAAUUCGUUAGACACUGAAGUAUCUGACUCUUUGAGAAAUUGUGACAACACUUCUUUGUCAAAUUGUGACAUAAAGCUACAAGAAAACAUUGAAAUCAACCAAGACCGAUCAUGUGAACCUGAAACUUGUAAUGCAAGUUUCUCUGAUGAGUCUCAUUCAAAAAGUCAAAGCAGUGAUUUAUCUGCAUCAGUAGAUGUUGGGGAGGAUGUAAUAGAAAAAGAGAAUUCCAAUCCUCUUGAUGAAAAUUUUAAUGAUGAGAAAUCAAUGUCAGAUGAAAGGUUAUAAAAAAGGACACAAGUUAAUAGAAGACAUCGCUUCCUUGCCUCAAUACUCCUUGAUCAAACCAAGAUUUGAAAGUUUUGUUAGUUAACGAAUGUUUUAGUUGACUCGGAUUAGAAAAGUCAAAUGGAGACUUCUUUUUAUUGUUACAAUAUUUUGGACAUCACUAAACAUAAAAAUCUGUACAUCUUAUGACAUUUUAAGUGUUAAUUUUAAAUCUUUUAAACUACAA